GACUACAUUAUGGCAAUGAAAAUUACGCCAGUCAAAGCUAUACUCUUUAUGAAAAUGAGCGUAGCAUUGUCGUGCACUUGGCCGCCGUCACCAAAAAUAACGAAAUCUAAUACUAUCCUUUUUAAAGCUUGUUGGUAUAUAUGUUACUUCUGCAGUAUCUUAUUGUUACUUCCACUGUUAAGCUCAGUUUAUGAGUAUCGUGACGAUCCCGUGAUUUUAGCAAAGUCAGUGUGCCUUUCUUGUGCGGUCCUUCAAGUCACAAUUAAAAUGAUAGUAUGUCGCAUACAAUAUACUUCCUUUCAAAUGCUUUAUCAUGACAUGGAAACGUUUUGUAAGCAGGCGGAUGAUAAAACAAAUAUUACUUUGCAACGUUAUAUUGACAAUUACAAAUGUACAUACGGUAGUUAUAUUUUAUGGUGUUAUCUGACCGCCAUUGGCGUCAUUUGCGGGCCAUUAUUUCUUCCGCAACAAUUUCCAACUGAUGCAAAAUAUCCGUUUUCUGUGGAACAUCAUCCGGUAAAAAGUAUUAUUUAUUUACAUCAGUCAUUAGUCGGUUUACAAGCCUCGGCUGGAAUGUGUAUCGAUUGCAGUGUAGCGAUUCUUUUAUUCUAUUCCGCGGCAAGAUUAGAAAUGUUGGUCCAAGAGAUACGCAAUGCCAAAAGUGAGUGCGAACUCGAUGCAUGCAUUAAACUACAUGGUGAAAUAUUAAAAUAUAUUAGCAAAAUGAUUAGCGUUGUGCGACCUUUGGUCUUGACUACAAUAACAAUGACAACUAUGGGUGUUGUUUUUGGAAGUUUAAAUAUAAUCACUGAACAACCAACAAUUGUCAAGAUACAAUAUUCCAUCGUAGUGUUUAGUGCCGGUGUAGAACUCUUCAUGUGCGCUUUUCCAGCUGAUAAUUUAAUGCAUAUGAACAGCAGAAUAUGCCUUGGAGCGUAUGAGUCGAAAUGGUUUCAAAGAAGUGUAAGCAUGCAAAGAAAAAUUGUUCAAAUUAUUUUCAGGUCACAGAAACCUGAAGUUAUUCGAAUUAAUGGCAUUCUUCCAGCUUUGUCAUUACGUUAUUACGCAAGGUUUUUGUAUACAUCCUAUUCCUACUUUACUGCAGUACGCAUAAUGGUCAAUGAAAAGAUCAUAGAUUAAAUCAAGGAUAAAUAUUUUG